AUGCUCAUAUCAAAAGCAAAAAGGCUCAAAAUUCCACCGCUAUGGUUUCUUGCACUUAUAUUCCCUGUUGCCUUUCAGUCCUUGAUCUUUAAAAGACGAGGCAGCUAUUACUAUCGAGUCGCUGUGUUCCUUAUCAAUAUCGGUAUUACUUGUGUGUACGGCAUGCUCGCUUCUCUCACUUUUCCUUUGAUAGGCAAGCAACAUCUCAUCCUUUGGAGUGCAGCAAAACUCCUGCAUUUUCUUAAUAAACAUCUAUUAGAUGUCGAAGGCGUCGUUGCUGAGAAAGAUAAAAAGAACUAUGCUCGGGACGGCCAGCUGGCCAUCUACGUUUGCAACCACCAAACAAUGAUAGACUUGCUACUUAUGGGUGCCUGUAUGCCGAAACGAAUAUCGAUUGCUGCGAAAAAAGAAGCCAAGCACUAUCCAUUUUUAGGACAAUUUUUGAGUUUGACGAAUGCCAUUUUUCUGGACCGUGCCAACCGAACGAACGCCGUACAUACCGCUAAAAAGGCAGCAGCAGAUAUUCAUCAAAAACAAACAGGUGUUUGGAUUUUUCCUGAAGGAACAAGGAGUGGUGGACAAGAAGUAGCUCUAUUACCGUUUAAAAAAGGGGCAUUUUACAUGGCCACGCAAGCCAAAGUGCCUAUCAUUCCCAUUGUUAUGGCAAACUACAAACAUAUCUAUGAUGCCGAGAAGAAAUAUUUUGGACAUGGCAAAGUGAAAAUUCGAGUGUUACCGGCUAUUGAUACGAAGGAAAUACCUGACCAUUCGGCAGCUGUGGAUAAACUGGCCAACGAUGUGCGGAAAAAGAUGUUGACAGCAUUGAAAGAGAUUUCAUUUCCAACAAUAGCAGCCAAUGAGAUGGAGACAUCAUUGCAAUCUAGAAGCUGUGAAAUAAGCAAGCUCUAA